ACUUAUUCCAAGCUUAUGGCACGAGGAAAGUAUGUGCAUGAGCUUCAAGUUCAUAAUGUCAAACCAGAAGCUAUGGAUGAUUAUAUUGCUCUCACUGCUGAGCACUAUCCACGGAUUGGAAAGGAUCAAGGGUCUGAAGUAAAGCUGUUUGGUAGUUGGACUACUGAAAUCGGUGAACUGGACCAAGCAAUCCAUAUCUGGCAAUACAACCACUAUCCAGGAUACAUUCAAACCAAAAAGAUACUGGCUCAGGAUCAGGUUUAUCAAGAUUUUCAACGUCGUCUUCGUCCUAUGUUACGAUCACGCGAAAACCAAAUCAUGCUCGAGUUUGCCUUUUGGAAAUCUGCCACUGCAGUGACUUUACCCAAAGAACCUAGUAAAAACAGCAUUUACGAACUUCGUACGUAUCUGCUCCAGCCUGGAAAAAUGCUCGAGUGGGAACAGCAAUGGCGUCGUGGACUCGAGGCACGAAGCAAGUUUGUGCAGCCAAUUGGUGCAUGGUUCUCGCAGCUUGGACAUCUCAACUACGUUCACCAUAUGUGGGCUUAUCCAGAUCUGCAGGUACGCAAAGAAAUGCGUGAAAAGGCCUGGGAGGUGGAAGGAUGGUCACAGACUGUCCACAAGACCGUUCAGUUGAUUGAUCAUAUGCAAGCACGGAUCGUCACACCACUUCCCUACUCUCCA